GUCAUAGGGCUUUAAAUGGUGACGAAAAAGCCAAGAUAAGGCAGACUUCGAGAAAACAAUCUGGAAAGUAUUCUAACCCGCAAGCACGAAGGAUACAGGCAUGGAGAAAAUGACGAUCUUUGGUGCCUAAAGAUUAAUACCAACUCCAACAUCAGAUUUGUUGUCCACGGUAUCAACAACAGAUUCUGUAUGAUCGUGUGCCUGGUCGAGUUGCCGUAAAAAUCUCGUAUAUACCCCACCCCCCUCCCUCCCAUAAAAUUUACAACAUUUAAGUCGUUUGAUAUAAAAAUGUACAGACAAAUAAAAGCGACUGACGGAACGUUAUUUUCUGGCAUUGGUUCAGAAAUGUAGUACAGGAAUGACAUGUUGUUUUCCAGCACGAUUCAUAAGUUCGGGCGUCCGCUGUUUUUUUCUAUAAAGGUGUAAUUGUCUUGUUUUCAAACUAACGAAGAAAUUAUUGAGCGCUAACGUAGGACUAUAAAAUGAUUUGUUUGCGAUUUAAUUUAUUAUCCUUUGGAAAACAAUGCUUGCAAGCACCAAGUAUAAUAUACCCAAGAUUUCUGUCAGUAGCCACACCCAAGGUGGUCUCUCAAGGUGUCAAGAAACCCAAAACUGGUAUAAUUAUGCUGAAUAUGGGUGGUCCAACAAGUAAAGAUGAAGUUCAUAAUUAUUUACUGCGCAUUAUGACAGACACAGACAUGAUACAAUUACCAGUUCAAAGUACUUUAGGUCCAUUAAUAGCCAAAAGGAGAACACCUGAAGUUCAAAAGAAGUAUGAUCAAAUUGGUGGAGGCUCACCAAUACUGAUGUGGACUCAACGACAGGGAGAACUGUUGUGCCAGAAGCUUGAUGAAUUGUCACCAGAGACUGGUCCACAUAAGUAUUAUGUUGCAUUCCGUUAUACCAGUCCACUCACUGAAGAUACUUUGGAUCUGUUAGAAAAAGAUGGGGUGGAACGUGUAGUGAUAUUCUCACAGUAUCCUCAGUACAGCUGUGCCACCACAGGUUCCAGUUUAAAUGAAAUAUACAGAUAUUAUAAGUUCAGAAAGUUACCUGUUGGAGUCAAAUGGGGUAUUAUUGAUCGUUGGGGCACACAUCCAUUGCUAACAAAGACUGUUGCUGACAGAAUAAAAACAGAGCUCAUCAAGUUUCCAGAUGAGGUUAAGAAUGAUGUCAUUAUUAUGUUCUCUGCACAUUCUUUACCUCUCAAGGCUGUGAAUCGUGGAGACUCAUACCCUUGGGAGGUUGGUGCCACUGUGCAAGCUGUAAUGGAGGAGCUGGGUUACUGUAAUCCAUACAGUCUGGUGUGGCAGUCAAAAGUAGGACCUCUCCCUUGGCUGCAACCAUCCACUGAUGAAGCUUUGAAAGGCUUUGUUAAACAGGGAAAGAAGAACUUUAUACUUGUUCCAGUUGCAUUUGUGAAUGAACACAUUGAAACACUUCAUGAGCUGGACAUUGAAUACUGUAGUGAAUUGGCAAUGGAGCUUGGUAUCAAAAUGAUUCGCCGGGCUGCAGCACCCAAUGAUCACCCACUCUUUAUUGAUGCUCUUGCUGAUUUGGUAAAAAAUCACUUACAUAGUAACAAAUCAGUAAGUCCUAAAUUCCUCACAAGAUGUCCACAUUGUACUAAUGUUCGUUGUCACCAAACCAAAUCAUGGUUUGCCAAACUUUGCACAUAAAUGUUUCUGUGCUGUUUUUUAACCUUCUUUUAUUCUACUGAUUUAUAAAUGCUUCAGAAGAUGAUUAUUAUAUAAAAGUAUUCAUAGGGCCUACCGUUGGAACUUUUUGGUUCACCUGUUAAGCAAAUUGCUUAUAACAGUCUAAAUCCCCAGUUCUGUAAUAUCUGAUCCCAAUAUUGUUAAAGGAGCAUUGGUAUACAUUAUCAGGUUUAAUGGAAAUUAAUUUAAUUUAUAUCAGUGGUUGGAAUACUUAAGAACAGUAACCACAUAACCUAGACUCUCUGUAAUUAUAAUAUAAAUAUUUUGUUUGUUAGCUAUUUGGUUUUGGUGAUUUUAAUGAUAAGGGAAGGUUUUUUUGAAACCUUUUUUUUAUAUAUUUCUGUAUACUCAAUUUAUGCAGGUUUUGUUUAUUUGUUGUGUUUUACUUUGCUCUCUUUUUCAUGUUUUCAUAACUGUUCUGUUACAUGUAUAAGUUUCAAAAGUAGUACAAAAAUAUAACUGCUCACAAGAAUUAAAAAGGCUCAAAAUGUGAUAAUUACAUUUAUAUUUGAACAAAGAGAACAAAAUUUUUUGUAUAGCAGCAUUCUGAUUACCAUAAUAUCUGGAAACAAUGUGCAUUUUGCUUUAUUUGGGUGAUAAAAAACAUCCAAAACCUUGCUAACCUACAAAUUUGUCUUCCUGCAAAUAAUUGCAAAGGAUGAACAUUACCUAUAUAUAAAUGGAAAUAAAUAAAAUGAAGUCACAGGUCAUAAAUAAUACCAAUGAUAAAAUUA